AUGGAUCUCAGUGGACUUAUUGCUGCUGCGAGAAGCCAACUGCCAUGUGGAUCAUGUCGCCAAGUCUUUGACAACUCAGUUGAUCGUGAUCAACACCGUCAAGCAGCUCAUCCACCAAUUCACCACUGCUUCUUAUGCGACAAGAGAAUCAAAUGCAAGAAAAUUGCCAUUCACAUGGUCAGGAAACAUAAGAUUCGUGGAACAGUCACUUGUGAAUGCUGUGAUUGGACGUUCACCAACAAAGCCAAAGCUGACAAGCACUUGGAGGCUGUCAGAACAACUGGAGAGUUUGGAGUUGCUCCAAUUGCUGUCACCAGCCAGUAUCAUCCGGAACGUCCCAACUCCACCACCAACAACCGCACAGAGGAGGAACAAAAGGAUUGGAUCCGUUUGAACACACAAGUCGCAGCAGUUCUGGAUCAUCAAUUGUUGCCAGCCGGAGCCCUUGUGUUUCCCGAAUCCUGGAAGUCCAUUGUCGAUGCGUGCAAUGUCAUGACAGAAGCAUUGCGAAGAACUGAUGCUUCCCUCGGUCGUGUCGUAGACUAUAAUACAAUCCAAACUGAGCCGGUAGAUCAAGCAGCUGCUGACGAAGACAAGUAA